AAACAUUUUAAAUAUAUAUAAACAAGUAAAUGAAUGAAAUUUGGUGUAGUCAACUUUAAACAUAACUCUUGUUAUGAUGGAGUUGAAUUUAAGAGUUUUUUUGUAAGUUUCUUUUUUUUUUUUUUUUGCUUGCUUUGUUCUGUUCUGGUUAAUAAAAGAGUUGAUGAUGAUGAUGAUAAAGAAGGGGUCUUUCUCAUUUUUCUAUUGAUCUAUGUAGUGUGUUUCUAUAUGUUUGGUAAGAGGAGAGAAAGUAAAGAAAUUUGAGAAGCAAAUAAAUAAUCAAAGCAAAAUUUGAUGAAGAAGAGUAAAUUUGGAAAAUAAAAUAAGUGGAAAUGUGAAGAUUUGGAAGAUUGUUAUUUUUGCCUAGAAAAAACUGAUUAUUUUGAAAUUAUCAUUUUAGCCCUAUAUACAACUUGUAUUCCUCUCAGUUUCUCUACCUCUCUCAGUUGCGGUAGCUCGACGGCGAUGCUCGACGGCGACGCUCGACCACCGUCCAUUUCACACUCCUCAAUCUCGACGGAUUCUCGAUCUCGAUACUCAGCCUUUCUGUCUCUCCCUCACUUUCCCCUGUGAGUCUAUUUGACUUUCUCGCCCCUGAAGCUAAUAUAGACACCGUAGAGUCUUCUUGUGUCAAUAAUUCGGCUUCAAAGGACGGAAUGUCUCAACUCUCCUGAUUCUUGGCUCUCUCUCUAAGUUACACGGACGAGGGCUAAUCAAAACCAGAGAGUUCCUGAAUGGAAGCAUGUUAUUCCCUUCAAGGAGCUUCAGGCAGAUUCUUUUAUCUUUGUUGUUUUGGGGAAACAUUGCAUUCACUUUUGAAGCUGAGAAAAUACCCACAGUGCUUUACUGAUAUUUCAGUGGAAACUAUGGUUUAGAUCAUAACCAUUCUUUUAGGAGCAAGAGAAAGGUUUUUAUGCUCAGGAAAGAUCAAUAUUUAUGCAGGUGGUUUUAUAUUGCUCCAUGGAUUGUUUGAUAUAAUAUUCAAUAUUCUCAUUAUACUCAAGUGGGUUAAUUUGAUUUUGCCAAAUGAUUUACUUGAUGAUAGAGGAAGUAGUGUUUCCCCUUUUUUUCUAGGUGUUUGAUGAAAGGAGAUGAUAAUUAACAUUUGAAUAUUGGAUCUCAGUUUGGGUCCAUCGGACAGAAUUCCCGGAUUCCGGCGUCUAAGCAAAAUUGAAAUCACCAUUUCGACGAACUAAGGUCAUGGUGGGGAGAGUUGUUGCGAGCCGGUAUAAUCAGACGCCGGGGAAUGAUGCCGGUAAAGGUCUCUACCGGAGGAUGACAAGGACAAAAGCAAGAGAAACGACAAGAAAACGACUUGGGGCAGGAAGAGAGUUGUGCAGGAGUACGAGGUUGUGGUGUUUAAAGGCUUGGAAGAGGAGGAGGAUGAGAAGUCGCCAUUGCCGGGGUCUGUGAUUGGAGAUGGGCUUCCGAAGUUCAAAACUUUCCGAUGUGUUAAGGAGAGCCCAAGAGAUUCAGGUCCGGCGAAAAGGGUGGUUGAGUUGAUUGGGAAGAGAUCUUACUUUUGCUCCGAUGAUAAGGUAGAAGGAUCAUCGUCAGUUUGUCAAGCUCUGAGUUUUGCUGAAGAGAAGAUGGUGUAGACAAGAAAGAACAAAAAUUUAAACAUAUAUCAAAAAAGAAAACUAAUGAAUAAAUUUGGUGUAGUCAACUUUAAUCAUAACUCUAGUAGUCUAGUUUAUGAUAGAGUUGAAUAUAAGAGUUUCUUGUAAUUUUUUUUUUUUAUGCAUGCUUUGUUUUGUCUGGUUAAUAAAAGAAAAUAAGAAAUCUGUGGAAGAUGCUGACGAUGAUAAAGGAGGAUUAAUUAGUAUCGUGUUUUUAUAUUUUGAUAAAAGGAGCAACAAUAUUAAUAAACAUUAUCUUGAUGGACAAAUAAUUGAGGGUUUAAUAUCUUGGCUUGGCCGUCAUUUUGGCGUCUUUCUUUUGUUUUGGACAUUGGACUGCUGUUGUCCGUUGAAUGAGAAGUCGGUCAAAACUAAGAAUUUGUGGUGGAGUUGGUUUUUAAAUAUACACAUAAGUUUAUAAAGGUCGCACUCCAUCUGUUUGUAAAAUAUACAAAAGGGGAGAGUAAGAAAUGGAAAUGAUUGAGGAUGUGGUUAUUGUGGGAGCAGGAAUAGCUGGUUUAGCCACUGCAGUGGCACUGAAGAGAGUUGGGGUUAAGGCACUGGUUUUGGAGAGAUCCGAUGGGCUUCGAGGCACAGGUGCAGCUUUGACCCUCUUCCCAAACGCUUGGGUUGCCCUUGAUGCCCUUGGUGUUUCUCAAAAGUUGACCUCCGUGUACGCCUCUUUUGAAAGAAUAUAUGUAACCAAUAUCAAUACUGGAGAAAUUCAAGAAAUCCCUUCGCCGGGAGCUAUUAGCAGUGAAGGAAAUGAACCCAGACCUGUACACAGGAAAGCCUUGCUCAAGGCUCUUGCGGAUGAACUUCCAAUUGAUUCUAUUCGCUUUUCAAGCAAGAUCACUACCAUAGAAACAGAAGAAGAUGAAGGUUCAUCUAUUGCUGUUGUUCACAUGGAAGAUGAAACUAUCAUUAAAGCAAAGGUAUUGAUUGGCUGUGAUGGGGUGCACUCAAUAGUGGCAAGUUGGUUGGGACUCGCUGGACUAGUUCAUUCUGGUCGGUCAGCAGUUCGUGGAAUGGCUGUGUUUCCUCAAGGCCAUGGACUGAAGCAAGAAGUCCAGCAGUUUGUUGGUGCAGGCAAAAGGGCUGGUUUUGUUCCCCUCACUAAAACAGAUAUUUAUUGGUUCAUAACUUGUGCGUCUCCGGAUAAAGAUGCAUACUUGGGAGGAGACCCUGAAGCAAUUAAGAGAGAAGUACUUCAAAAAUAUGCCAAUGACUUGCCUGAACUAUAUCAAGACAUUGUCAAUCACUCUGAUCUUUCAACAUUGACUUGGGCACCAUUAAUGUUCAGGAAACCAUGGAAGGUAGCAUUUGGAAACUUAUGCAAGCAAAACAUCACGGUGGCCGGGGAUGCCAUGCAUCCUAUGACACCGGACUUGGGACAGGGUGGUUGCUCAGCACUUGAAGAUGCUGUGGUGUUAGGCAGACACAUUGGGGCAUGUGUUGCGCAAAAUGGAGGACUUGUCCCAAGAGCGAUGGUUAAAGCAUUAUCUAAUUAUGCAGAGGAAAGAAGGUGGCGAGCCACUUGGUUGAUCACUGGCUCCUUCUUAUCAGGGUGGGUUCAGCAUGGUGGCUCUAUGUGGGGGCUGAAGUUUUUCAGGGAUGCCAUAUUUUACAAAUUUGUUUUCCCUAAGAUUGCUAGUGUUAUGCGUUAUGAUUGUGGGAAACUUGCCUAGAAUCUCCAUUCCUAUUAACAUCAAGUGCAAGUUUUCUAAUUGGAGAUAGAAUUUCACAUCUUUCUUAAGUGAACAAGAGCAUUAUUUUUCUCACUAAAGGAAUUCAUUCCUUCUCCCCGGUCUGUUCCAAACUUUUUUUUUAAUAAUAAUGAUGAUGAUAAUUAUAAGAGAACAUGUUUAUUACUUCCUAGAAAUAAUGUUCCAGUUCGAGUUUGGAUGCUUGUAUGAAGGCUCUUUGUGUAUGGUUCCAUUUGUCUUAUAUUAAUUGCAAUAUUUCAAUUUAGAUAUAUCAAUCGUUUCAUGA